UAUGUCUUUUAUUUUUAUUUUUUUCUUUCUUUUCUCUAUUCUUCUCCGCCGGAGACAAGACGCAGCUCUUCCACUUCCAAGCGUCUAUGUUCUUCUUCCUCAUCCUCUGAACCGUCUUCUUCGUCUACAUGCCCCACCAAGCGAUCUAAGGUCAAGAUCGAUGCCGCUAUUGAAUCUGUACGUUAGAUCCGAUUGAGAAUCAAGGACCGGUUUCGGAUUCAGGAUCGGAAUCCGGAGAGCCGGAGCUUGGAUCCUCUGAUCCAGAGAGUGUGACCAGAGACCAAACGAGGUUAGCUUUUUCAUUGACAAGAGUAAGGUUCAAAAAGUGAAAAAGGACAAGCCCUUGCUUAUCUCCUGAAGAAGCUCAACACUGAAGGGAAGCUUCCUCUUAAUCAAAAGUAGGUUUGUAUUGUAUCAGUUUUUUUAUAUGCUUUGAUUUGCUUACGCAGGUGAACUGUGUCUCUAUCAUGGAUCAUCUAACUACAUGGAGAAAGAGGUUCAGUUUACAGGAAUAUUAAGUGAUAAAGCUCAAGAAAAUCCAGACUUUUUCAAUUGGAAUAGAGUUAAGCUUUGUUACUGUGAUGGUGCUUCUUUCAGUGGAGAUGGUUAGAAUGAGGCUGCACAGCUUCAGUUUAGAGGAGAGCGUAUCUGAAGAGCAGCCAUAGAUGAUUUAAAGGCCAAUGGAAUGAGAUACGCCGGCCAGGCACUUCUCUCUGGAUGCUCAGGUGGUGGUUUAGCAGCUAUCCUACGUUACGAUGAGUUCAGGAACUUGUUCCCUGGUUCCACCAAAGUCAAGUGCUUAAGUGACGCAGGCUUGUUCUUGGACAAGAACUUAUACAAUGGUAUAGUAGAGUUUCAGAGUGUGAAAAACAACCUGCCUCGUCUGUGCACAAACCAUCUUGAUCCAACUUCGUGUUUCUUCCCAGACAAUCUGAUCAGUCAGAUGAAAACUCCACUUUUCAUUGUCAACGCUGCAUAUGAUACAUGGCAGAUACAAAGCAGCAUAGCUCCAACAUCAGCAGAUCCUAGUGGGUUUUGGCAUGACUGUAGACUCAACCAUGGAAAGUGCACACCUGGUCAAAUGCGGUUCUUGCAAGGUUUCAGGGAUCAGAUGCUGAGAGUAGUUAAGGGCUUCUCAAUGUCUAGACAGAACGGACAUGGACUCUCCUCCUUCUGACUUCGGGUUCGAAGGUUUUGGUAACGACAAUACUAAAAAACGACCAAGAAGAAGAAGCUGGAGAUGUAAAUGGUAGUAGUAAUAAGCCUGCCUUUGGAGAUAUACUCGCAAUCGCUUUCGCCGCCUAAAACAACAACAUUAAAACGGAGAUCGUAACGUAAGUGAAAAAAAAAGUGAUCAAAUUUGAGGUGAUGGAGAACACUUGGACGGAUCUGGAGUUACCAUUUUUGAGGGCAAGAGAGAUCUCUCCGUUAUGCUUCGCUUCGAUCCGAGGAACUAUAAGGAAAACGAUUUUGAAUCAGUUUCUUCGACUGACACGUGUCUCUCCCGUUGUGGACCGGACCGGUUUACACAAAAUUUAUGGGCCCGUUUUGUUUAGUUAUUCGGUUCAGUAAGCCCAAGUGGUAAGAAAUGGGUUCACGAAAAAAUCUAAAAAAACCACACUAUUUAUUAUUUAUUCGAUUCCAUAGAUAUCAAAGGAUU